AGGCGCCGUCCGGGACCAGCACGCGCCCGCUCCUUUCUGUCGCACGAGUCCUGGGGUCUCCGCACCUCUCCAGCCCGUGCACUCGCGCCCCCGUCCGUGCCCAGCCGGAGUCGAGUGUCCUGGGUAGCCUGAGGCCACGGGGCUGGGCAGGACACCGGGUUCCCUGCAAGCCGCCCCAGGCUUAAUGAUUGUCCAGAAGGUGGCUAUAAAGGGAGCCUGGGAGGCUGGGCAGAGGAGGGAGCAGAAAAAGCCUAACUCAGCAGAUCUGGGCACUGAGAGCUGCAAGCAGGAGCCGUGGUCAGAGACUCUGUGUCCUGGCCAGUAGGGCCUGCUCCUUCCCACCAUGGCGGCCCGGGGCUACGGCUAUUACCGCACUGCGAUCUUCUCGGCCAUGUUUGGAGGCUACAGCCUGUACUACUUCAACCGCAAGACCUUCUCCUUUGUCAUGCCAUCAUUGGUGGAGGAGAUCCCUCUGGACAAGGAUGACUUGGGGCUCAUCACCAGCAGCCAGUCGGCAGCCUACGCCAUCAGCAAGUUUGUGAGUGGGGUGCUGUCUGACCAGAUGAGUGCUCGCUGGCUCUUCUCUUCUGGGCUGCUCCUGGUUGGCCUGGUCAACAUAGUCUUUUCCUGGAGCUCCACAGUACCUGUCUUUGCUACUCUCUGGUUCCUCAAUGGCCUGGCACAGGGGCUGGGCUGGCCCCCAUGUGGCAAAGUCCUGCGGAAGUGGUUUGAGCCAUCUCAGUUUGGCACCUGGUGGGCCAUCCUAUCAACCAGCAUGAACCUGGCUGGAGGGCUGGGCCCCAUCCUGGCAACCAUCCUUGCCCAGAGCUACAGCUGGCGCAGCACGCUGGCCCUAUCUGGGGCACUGUGUGUGGUUGUCUCCUUCCUCUGCCUCCUGCUCAUCCACAAUGAACCUGCUGAUGUUGGACUCCGCAACCUGGACCUCACCCCCUCCAAGGGCAAGAAGGGCUCCUUGAAGGAGGAGAGUACCUUACAGGAGCUGCUGCUGACCCCCUACCUGUGGGUGCUCUCCACUGGCUACCUUGUGGUGUUUGGAGUAAAGACGUGCUGUACUGACUGGGGCCAGUUCUUCCUUAUCCAGGAGAGAGGACAGUCAGCCCUCGUGGGUAGCUCCUACAUGAGUGCCCUGGAGGUUGGGGGCCUUGUAGGCAGCAUCGCAGCUGGCUACCUGUCAGACCGGGCCAUGGCCAAGGCAGGGCUGUCUGUCUAUGGGAACCCCCGCCAUGGCCUGCUGCUAUUCAUGAUGGCUGGCAUGACAGCGUCCAUGUACCUCUUCCGGGUAACUGUGACCAGUGACUCCCCCAAGCUCUGGAUCCUGGUGUUGGGAGCUGUGUUUGGUUUCUCCUCUUAUGGUCCCAUUGCCUUGUUUGGAGUUAUAGCCAAUGAGUGUGCCCCUCCCAACUUGUGUGGCACCUCCCAUGCCAUCGUGGGACUCAUGGCCAAUGUGGGCGGCUUUCUGGCUGGGUUGCCCUUCAGCACCAUUGCCAAGCAUUACAGCUGGAGCACAGCCUUCUGGGUGGCUGAACUGAUCUGUGCGGCCAGCACAGGUGCCUUCUUCCUUCUACGAAAUAUCCGCACCAAGAUGGGCCGAGUGCCCAAGAAGGCUGAGUGAAGACACUGCGGGCUCUGGAGCAUUCUGUCCCACUUGUGGCCUUUCCCCUUCAUGGUGGUGGGGGAAGGGAGGGAGGGGGCUAUCUGGCUAGCACCUUUGACUUUCCCUUUCUGCUCCUCUUCCUUCAUCCAAGCGGCGCUGGAAAUUAUCAGUGGCUAAUGAGAUCCCAGCUCCCCAUCCGAUCUCUAUUUAAAAGGCAGCCUUUGUUCUUGGACUCCAUUAGCUCCUAUUUCCUGCCUUCAAAGAGGAAACCCCUGCACUCAGGGAGUUUCCUAUACCCUUCUCCCUUUUCUGGGCUCUGCCCUUCCCCACCCCACCCCAUCCUCAUCUGAGGAGAGGCUCCUCCUGCAGCGGCAGGGCAGCAGUGGCCCAGGACUUCUGCCCUGAGGCCUCUCAGCAGGGGGCAGCCGCUCCUGCCAAUACCUCGGACUCCAGGGGAAGACAGUCACUCUCACCAAUACCCAGGGUACAGCAGGGGGUUAUGGGUGGGCGGGUAUAAAGACUUGUUAUAGAAAAUUAAAACUAGAUUUGAUACUAAACCCUGUCAGUGAGUCAUUCUUUCAAAAGGGGUAACACAAGCCAGAGACAGCUUUCUUUGGGAAAUACUCCAUUAAUACCUGCUUUUUCCACCGGAAAGAGAGACUUCAUUCCCCUGGAAGGGAAAGCUGAAGUGUAGAUGGACUCCUUUAAGCUCAUGUCUCUACUGCCUUCAACUUCAUACUACAUAAUUCAACGCACAUUUUGGAGAUAAAGCUACUGGGUGUUGGGGCAGGUUAAAUAACUUGAUGGAAGGAGGCAACAGUGUAGUCAGAAAGCCUGGGUUGAAACUCAGUCUGCUGGCAACUAGCUUUGAGACUUUGAGGCAGAGAGUUUUGUACACUGCUUGCUAAAUCUCAUCUGUAAUAGAAACAGAAUGUACCCCGAGGUAAGGGAGAGAAUUAAGUGAGAUAAAGCAGGAAAACCUG